AUGGCGCCUACUUCUCCCACCUUCAAUCCUCGCAUCACCUCUCUAGACUUCGACGCCAAUCGAAGGAGGAGACGACGGUCUAGUAGCUCCGGGGCUCGUUUUGGCGCCGAUGAUUACGACUUCAUGGCUCAGGUAGCCCAAGGCAUCAUCGAGCGAGAUCGGGUCAAGAUGCGCAGAGAAGUCACGCGGGUCUUGAGCUUCGUCUGCGCGGUCCUGAGUUGUCUAUGCGCCGGGUCUAUCACUUCAUUUUCUCUUUAUGGCGCCCGCUUCCUCACCGAUCUCCAUUAUACCCAGUUCAGAGUCAACGCGGUAUCGAUAACGGCGGAACUGGCAAUGUAUCUUCCUGUACCGUUGUUUGGGUAUCUCUGCGACCGAUAUUCUCCUCCACCAUUAUCACUCCUUGCAUCGGCUCUGUUUGGAUUUGGGUAUCUCCUCGCCGCAUACACCUACAAAUCCGGGCCGCCUCCAGAUGCGCAGCGCGACGGGCAAGGGUGGCCGUUUGGUGUCAUGAUUAUUGCGUUUAUCGGCAUCGGCGCUGGCACAAGUUGCAUGUAUCUCUCCGCUGUAGCUACAUGUGCAAAGAACUUUUCCACCGCCAAAUAUCGGGGCUUCAUGCUGGCCGUUCCCAUCGCAGCUUUCGGUCUUAGCGGCAUGUGGGAGAGUCAAGUCGGUGCACAUCUGCUAUUUGAAAGACUCCCUAAUGGCGAAAAGGGCGACCUCGAUGUAUUCAAGUAUUUUGUCUUCCUCGCUGGUACCUUGAUAGGUGUCGGCCUCCUAGGGACUAUUGGACUACAUAUUGUCAACGAGGAGGAAUUGAUCGAGCACGGUGUCGAGGUACUCGAACGUAGUGGCUUGCUGGAUGAAAGCGAAUUCUACCACGACUCACGAGCUCCCACCCCUAUCAACUACGGCACGAUAGAUGUUGGCCGCUCCCCGGAUUCAGACACUGUGUCCGACGAUGACGACGACGAAGCUUAUCACAACCUCUCUGAGUCGCAGGUGAUCAAGCAACGCGAAGAAAAGUCUCGUCUAAAGAAGAAAAAAUGGUGGCUCCUGAACCAUGCUACCCAUGCCUUCCUAACGGAUCGUACCAUGUGGCUUCUCGCGGCUGGCUUCUUCCUCCUUACUGGACCUGGAGAAGCGUAUAUUAAUAACCUAGGAACCAUCAUUCCCACUCUCACCCCAAAACACUAUUUUGAUGUCACCAGUCCGCCAGCUGGACGUGCUUCGACACACGUCUCUAUCAUUGCUCUAACAUCGACCUUUGCCCGCCUCUUUACAGGUACUUUAUCGGACCUGUUUGCACCGCCAUCCGAGCCUGAAAAUCCGCCAUCCACCCGUACCACUUUCUCACGACUGGUGCUUCUCCUCCCGUCGGCGGUCCUCCUUUUAUUUGCGUUCCUCACUCUCGCUCUUCCAUUUCUUACUCCAUCCACACCAUCGCUUUUUCUCUUGUGCUCAGGUCUCCUUGGCCUCGGGUAUGGUGCGUCUUUCUCUUUAGUUCCUAUCAUUAUCUCUGUGGUCUGGGGAGCAGAAAAUUUUGCAACCAACUGGGGUGUUGUGGCCAUGAUGCCUGCAGGAGGUGCUGCGGUAUGGAGUCUGGUCUACUCAGCAGGAUACUCCGGCGCCAGUGAUAGUACUGGUGAAUGCACAGGGUAUACGUGUUUCGCCUUCUGGGCCUGGGGCUGUGCAGUCAGCGUCGGCGCUGCAAUUGUGCUGUGGUGCUUGGCAUGGAGGACAUGGAGGCAGAGAAAUGUCAUCGUAUAG